AUGCGUCAAAGCUUCGUUGUGUUUUUGCCAGGUGUGCCCGACUCGAAAACGGAGCAGCUAGCCGAACCAGCGAAAGCCUCCGAUCCGGAAUCGGGAGAGCCGGAAGUGGCUCCAGUGCGAGUUUUUGUGCUGGAAACUCGUUCUGGAGAGACUGCCGUUGCCGUGGAGCGGUCCGACGGCAAGAAGUGGCGCUUCAUGCGGAAUGCCAUCGACUUCGAGCUGUGCGCGCAAAGUGCGGAGCUGCAACAGUGGCUUGCCGGCCUCGUCUCCGAGCAACUGCCGGGGCUGCUGACUCUGCUCGGCAACGAAGUCCAGAGCCGGGGUGCGGCUCUCAAAGCCGCAGAGAAGGAACGCGAUACCCUCAGGGGCACGGAGGACUAUAGUUUUUUUGGACUGGAUGGCGAAAGCUGUACCGAAAAAGACAUUGACAGAGCCUACCGACAGCAGUCAACCCGACUUCACCCUGACAAAGGUGGGGAUGAGGAGUCCUUCACUCAAAUGAGGGAAAAGUAUGAGCAGCUGAAAUCCCUACGCGGCGAGAGCAAACGAAAGGAAGGGGGCUCCAUCAAGUGGGAUGCCAAGAGCAGAGAGUCGAUGCUGCGUGCUCACGGAGAUCUACGAGAUCAACUUGUGUGGAUCACACGCCACAUCGCAGAGGUGGAGGAGGAGCUGCGCACACUGCGGCUCCGCCAGGCAAAGAAACUCAGCCUCCCCCCUUCAGAGAAUGCAUGA